AUGGAAGCCCCAUCGGACACAGUCGGAUCGCCUUUUACGAAUUCCAAGUGGCAUAAAUGGCCGACUCUUUGGAUCUCCACUACCCUAGUCAUGCGGGCGAGCAUCGGAUUCAUCGAAACUGCACACCACGAUACGUAUCCCGCGAUUGACCCUGCUAGGGCAGAUUUUGCAGGCAAAGUCGUCCUCGUAACGGGCGCAUCAAAGGGCAUUGGAAGGACAGCUGCAAUCUCGUUCGCUCAAGCCGGGGCCUCUGGCCUCGUGCUCCUUGCUCGCUCCAAUAUGAGCGAGACAAAGUCUGCAUGUGAAGCCGCAGCGACACGUCCGGGGCAGUCUAUCAAGGUCCUAACCUUCUCUGCCGAUACCAGCAAUGCUGCCCAGGUUAGCGCAGCUCUUGCGCAAGCGAAGGAGGCGUUCGGAAGACUUGAUGUUGUCAUCAACAAUGCAGGGGUUGUAGAGAACUACUCCUUAGUUGGGGAUUCCGACUCGGAGAAUUGGUGGCACACCUGGGAUGUCAACAUGCGCGGGACGUACGAGGUGACCCGCGCCUCUCUUCCGUUACUCGCGGCGACAGAGGGACACAAGAGUAUCAUCCUCGUCACCAGCCUUGCUGCCCAUGGAGUUAUGAAGACGCAUGCGUCUGCAUACACGAUGAGUAAGCUCUCCCUGCUGCGCUUCGCCGAACUCCUUGUCAACGAGUACGGAGACAAAGGGAUCUCUGCCUACGCACUUCACCCCGGUACGAUCCUUACCGACAUGACAGCUGAUGUUCCAGAUCAGUUCAAGAAGUACCUCGUCGACAAGCCGGAGGUCGCCGCACACACUAUGGUCUGGCUUGCGCGUGAGCGCCGGGACUGGUUGACCGGUCGCUACGUUAGUUCUCAGUGGGACGUUGAAGAGUUGGAGGCAAAAAAGCAGGAGAUUGUCGACGGUGAUAAACUUAAAGUAAGAAUGUCCAUUUGA